UCUUCAGUAUACGCACAUACAUUCGCCGUGUGUUAUGUGUUUUGCGUUUGUUUGUUAACUGGUUUUGUUGCGCCGGCAAAUGUUUCGCUUUCGAUCUAAUAAAAUUUCAGUGCUCUAAAAUUUAAAUUUUUUAGGCGUCUAGCGUAAUUUUUCAGCGGAAGUGCAUUUUUUUAACACACGAUAUGGAUUACGGUGGUGCAGUGAUAGUGUAGUGAAUAAAUGCAAUUAUGUGGUCCAGGCAAUGAUAAAACACACCGCGGGUACAAUGAUAUGGCACUCAGUAAUAUAUUAUUUGGCGGCAGUCGCGAUAUUCGAUUAUUCUUAUUGUUCUACUGACGGGGAUACUGAUAAUACGAGAGUGCAAUUCGAAGUGUUAGAAGGUCAGCCUAAGGGAACAUCCGUCGGUUGGUUACCAAUUAGACCGGGAUUUUCGUAUAGGUUCAAUGAGCCCUCUGACGAAUUUGCACUUAAUAGUACUACGGGUGAAAUUACUACUAUACAAAUACUCGACAGAGAAACACUUCGAAAUGAUAGAUACGAUUUUAUUGUGUUAUCAAGCCAACCUACAUACCCCAUCGAAGUACGAAUUUUGAUUAUUGAUAUUAAUGACAAUGCUCCACAAUUUCCAGAACCUGUUAUUUCGGUAUCGUUUCCGGAAAGUGCAGCGCCAGAUAAUAAGGUUCUACUCGAUACGGCAACUGACGCAGACUCAGGUAUAAAUAGUGUCUCUUCCGAUUAUAAAAUUGUAGCUGGAAACAUUGAUAAUAAAUUUCGGUUGGACGUGACAUCUAAUCCUGAAGGAGAUUUAUCCUAUUUAUACCUGCAAACUACGGGCAAAUUAGAUCGCGAAACUAUUCCCUUUUAUCAGUUGAAUAUAUCUGUAAGAGACGGUGGUUCACCAACACGAUAUGGAUAUCAAACAGUUAAUGUAACAAUAUUAGACGUUAAUGAUAAUCCUCCUAUUUUCGCUCAUACCGAUUACAGUGCUUGGUUAAAUGAAAGUGCUCCGUCAGGUACGUUCACCCUCCAAGUCACUGCUACAGACGCAGACUUAGGAGAUAAUGGACGUAUAACAUAUUAUUUACCAGAAAUGUCGGAAUCUAGAUUUCGUGUGGAUCCAGAAACAGGUGCAAUAUAUACGACAGAUUUGCCAAAUUGCCCACAGCAAAAUUGUCCACACACACAAUUAAAGUCACUAUGUCCAAAAAGUUGCGUUUUUACAGUUCAUGCACGGGAUAAUGGUUCACCUAGACAAGACGGACGAGCUUAUGUAACGAUUAGCCUCAUUGAUGCUAACGAUCAUGAUCCACUUAUAAAAUUUCGCUAUUUUCCAUCUACAGCAUUGUUUGCUACUGUUGAUGAAAAUGCAGUUAAUGGAUCUGUGGUCGCCGCCGUGUCUGUGAUGGAUCCAGAUGAAGGGCUAAAUGGCGAAACAUUUGUAGAAAUUGUAGCCGGAAACGAAAUGAAUAAUUUUAGAUUAGAAUCGUCACAGAGUUUUUACAUCGUUCGUGUUCAUGGUGUAUUAGAUAGAGAACAGAUCAACAAAUACAAUCUUACUAUAUUGGCCAGUGACAAAGGGACCCCCGCCAAGACCACCAUGGCGUACCUAUUGAUAUACGUCAACGACAUUAACGAUCAUGAACCGGUAUUUGAGAAGAGCGAAUAUUCAACUACACUCAGUGAACUAUCGCCAGUAGGCACGUAUGUGGCUAGUAUAACUGCUAUGGAUGAAGAUACCGGUAUUAAUGCUCAAAUUUUUUAUUCAAUAGUUUCUGGUAACAAUUUUGGGUGGUUUGAUAUUGAUUCAAAUACAGGACUAGUUGUAUUAAAAGACCAAUUAGAUCGAGAAAAAAUGGGAGCUAUAGAAAUGAAAAUUUCUGCCCGAGAUGGUGGUCCAAAUCCAAAGUGGGCUUUCACACAAUUAAAAGUUAUAGUGUUGGAUGAAAAUGAUGAGCGACCAGAAUUUACACAGGAUGAAAUUACUGUACAAUUGUUGGAAAAUAUUCCGGAAAACACUUUAGUUGCUAUGUUAACAGCAACAGAUCAUGAUCAAGGCACUAACGGUAGUGUAUCAUAUAGUUUACAUCCUGAGGUUCACUAUAAGUAUAAUGGUGCAUUUUCAUUAGAUUCAUUAACUGGGCAGCUAAUUGUAAAGACAAAACUCGAUCGAGAGAAAAUUUCUGAAUAUUACAUUAAAGUCUUAGCAAAAGAUCAAGGAUUUCCCCCCAAAUCGUCCACAGCAACUGUAAAACUUAGUAUUUUGGAUGUUAAUGAUAAUAAUCCAAUCUUUUAUCCAUCACAUUAUGUAUCUCUAAUAAAUGAUCAUCAAGUUGGAUCUAAGUUAUUGUCCGUUUCAGCAUAUGAUCUAGACGAAAAUUCCUCUAUUGAAUAUAAGUUAGUCAGUAGUGAAGAUUCUAAAUUUUUUAAUAUCGACGUUCAAGAUGGUUCAAUAUAUAUAAAAAAUGGAUUUGAAUUGAUGAAAUCUAUUUAUCUUAUACAUGUUACAGCAACAGAUAAGGGUGGGCGGCAAGCUGUUGAAAACGCAGUAGUGGAAAUAAUUAAAAAUCCUGAAGUAACAAUUAAAUUUGAUAAAACAGAUGGUUAUUCAUUUCAAAUAUAUGAAGAUCAUGAUAAAUCAGAAGAGUUGACAUACAAUCGAUAUGUUGGUCAUAUUCAUAUAAAAGAAGUAAAAAGUAAUGUUAAAUAUUUUAUAAUGAAUGGUGAUAAUGGAAACUUUAUGAUAGAUUCUAGUGGUAUUUUAAGCACGAUAAAAAAAAUUGAUCGAGAAACAAUAUCAUUUUACAAUAUUCAAAUAGGCGUUAGAGAGGGUAAAAAAUUUGGUUCAACUGUAGUGAAUAUUACUAUUUUAGAUAUAAAUGAUAACGAACCAAAUUUUAGUACCGUUAUAGACGAGGCAGACUUGUAUGAAAAUACGGCCAUUGGUCAGGAGUUAUGUGUUGCUAGAGCUAAAGAUAAAGAUAUAGGAUUGAAUAGUCGUGUGACUUAUCGAUUAGUCUCUAAUCCUGAUGAAUUGUUUCAUAUAACUGAAUCAUCUGGAAUCAUAUAUUUGAAUAAACCAGUUAAUGUGGCACCAGGAACAGUUUUACCAGUUGAAAUAGUAGCCACUGAUUCAGGUAACCCUUCACUUAGUUCUAAACAUGUUAUAUUAUUUACAGUUCUCGAUGUAAAUGAUCAUACUCCAAUUUUUGAUCAAAUUUCCUACGAGGUUUCAUUAUCUGAAUCUACGGCUGUAAACAGUCGUUUUUUUGGUUUAACUGCUACAGAUAAAGAUUAUGGCUUAAACGCUCGGUUGUCAUAUUUUAUAGCAGAAGGUGACUUGGAAAAUAAAUUUGGAAUAUUUCCUGAUGGCAUGUUGUAUAUUAAAAAUCGAUUGGAUAGAGAAACCCGUGAUUAUUAUGCACUGUCUAUUGUUGUACAUGAUGCAGGGUCGCUAGCUCGUAGUUCAUCCGUGUUAGCUGUAAUACACAUAACAGACGAAAAUGACAAUAAACCAGAAUUUAGUAAUGCCAUUUUUAGUUUUAUGAUAUAUGAAAAUGAACCAGUGAAUACUUUUGUGGGUAAAAUACUUGCAUCUGAUCAUGAUUCAGGUCGAAAUGCAGAAUUAACAUAUUCUUUGAUAAAUCAUAAAUCUGAGUUUUUGAUUGAUCCAAAAAACGGGUUUAUCAGAACAAAGCAAGAAUUUGAUCGGGAGCAAUUAAUUCGAUUAACUGGACAAAAUGUUAUCGUUAUAGAAGCUAUUGUAUCAGAUAAAGGAAAGCAUUCAUUACAAGAUAAAACUAAAAUUAAUGUUUAUAUAAAUGAUGUUAAUGACAAUCAUCCACAGUUUUUCAGACAACCGUAUAGAGUACAAGUAUCUGAAAGUUCAUCUAUAGGUACACAUGUAUUACGAGUUUUUGCAAGCGAUGAAGACGAUGGUAAAAAUGGAUUGGUACAUUAUACAUUGGAAGACAAUCAUACAUCAAAGUUUCAUAUCGAUAGUAAUAGUGGUUUAAUUACUAUAAAUUCUCGUUUAGACAGAGAAGAGUGUGCAUCAUAUUUAUUACGAGUCACUGCUUAUGACAAUGGAUCACCUAUUCAACUUAAUGCGUCUACUACUGUCGCAGUAGAAGUAUUAGAUGACAACGAUAACCCACCAAAAUUUGAAAAAUCAACAUCUGGUGUAGAAAUUUAUGAAAAUUUAACAAUUAACUCAGAGUUAAUGAAAUUUCAUGCUACAGAUCCAGAUUUGGGUUUUAACGGCGAAGUUCAUUAUUUAAUUGUUUCAGGUAAUAAAAGGGACACAUUUCAAAUAGAUUCCAAAAGUGGUGUACUUUAUUUACAUAAAAAAUUAGACUAUGAAGAUAUAAACUCAUAUGCAUUGAAUAUUUCGGCAUACGAUGGUGGAAAUCCUAGACUAUCUUCCGCACUAGUAUUUCACGUAACUAUAUUAGACUGUAACGAUAAUCCACCUCAAUUUCCUAGUACAGCAAUAGUUCGACAAAUAUUUGAAAAUAUUCCUAUAGGUACAUCAAUAAUUAAUGUAGUUGCUGAUGAUCCGGAUUCAGAUUUAAAUGGACUUAUUUAUUAUUCAAUUACUAACCAACAACCCGAUAAUGAUAGGAGAAGUUUCACGAUUAAUGAACAUACCGGAGUAAUUAGUACUAUAUUAUCAAUUGAUCGAGAAUACACUGAUACAUAUAGGUUAACAGUAACAGCAAUUGAUCAAGCUAUACCUAAGGAAAGCAGAUUAUUUACUGAAAAAACUGUUACUAUAAUUGUUGAUGACGAAAAUGACAACGCGCCUGUGUUUGUAUCAAUGGAUAAUGGCUUAUUACGACAUAGAUACAAAGGAGCACAUAUAAUGUAUGUAAUUGCCAAAGAUGCGGACUCAAACACUAACGGUCUUGUAACUUAUGAAAUGGUUGGUGGUGAUUCUGAUCUUUUUGAAAUUCAUAGAACAACUGGAGCUAUUACUUUACGACAAGAAUUGAUUCAGCCAGAACGUUUAUACAAACUUACUGUACGUGCUACAGAUGAGGCUGUACAACCUGAGCGUAAAUCAACCGAUGCUUACAUUACCAUUUUAACUUCUGUAGACAGUCCUGAAAAAUUAAUUGGUAUCAGGAAUUACGAAGGAUCUGUGUAUGAAAAUGAACCACCCGGUACUAGUGUGUUAAAAAUGGAUGUAUUGCCCGAGCAAAUUGAAUAUUAUGUGGUGAACGUGACCGGGCCCAACGGACAGCAGGCUGAUCGGAUGUUCACUGUAGACGUUAAACUGGGCGUGCUUUACACGGCUGCAGUACUCGAUAGAGAGGGUGGCGCCGAACAGUACAUUGUACACGUUUAUGCUACUAAAGCUGAAUCGCAGACUCCGAAAACCGGUCACAUUCAGAUUAUAGUGACAGUUCUAGAUAAAAAUGACAAUCGUCCAGUUUGGCCUAGCAGCUUACUGGAGUUCAUGAUUUCCGAAGAAAUGCCAGUUGGAUCGUUAGUAGCUACUUUGAAAGCCACCGACCCCGAUUUAGACUCGUCUUUAACAUACAUGGUUAUUGGAGAUGAUGACAAUAGCUCGUCGUUCCAUUUGGAUGCGUCUACAGGCAACAUUCGUAUACGUAAACCUAUAGAUAGAGAGACCAGCUCCAGACACGUGCUUUCAAUACGAGUAUCUGAUGAAGUUCAUAAUACUGAUACGUCUAUUGUUUUUAUAAUUCUUGAUAUUAAUGACAAUGCUCCUGUAUUCAACAAAAACGUUUAUUCUAUUGAUAUAAGUGAAGCCACGAUUAGGGGUACAAAAAUUGGUGAAAUAUUUGCAAUUGACGAUGAUGAAAACAUUAACGGUGUUGUUACAUACACAGUAGUGAGUGAUUGGGGUAACGAUGUGUUUAAUAUAGAUUCACACAGUGGUAUUAUAACUUUAACUGGAAAAUUAGAUUAUGAAGAAGUUCAACAUUAUAUCUUAAUUAUUCAAGCUCAGGAUGGAGGAAAACCAAUGUUGUCCUCUACUGUAACCGUAUAUAUAAAUGUUAUUGAUGAAAAUGAUAAUACUCCUGUGUUUGAAGUAAAUAGUUAUAGUAUAGACAUUUAUGAAAACGUCACUGAAAAUACUAUUAUAGCAACUGUAUUAGCGACCGAUCGUGACUCUAAAUUGAAUGGUGAUAUCAAGUAUUCUUUUCAAUUAUUAGAUCAAGAACAUAAUGAUUUUGCUAUUGAUCAAAACAAUGGUUCUAUUUGGCCGAUUCGAAGUUUAAACCGUGAAUUAGUUGCUUUCUAUAAUCUUGCUGUAGUUGCCAGGGAUGGAGCACGCUUAAAGGCUUCUGAACUAACUUCUACAACUCAGAUAACAAUAACGAUCAAGGACGUAAAUGAUUGUAUACCACAAUGGGUUACUCCAAAUUACACUUCAGUAUUAGAAAACGUGGAUAUUGGUACAGUAGUUACUGUUCUUAAAGCAAUAGAUGAUGACGAAGAAAGAAAUGGAUUUAUAGAAUAUUGGAUAAAUGCCGGUGAUGAUAAAACAUUUACAAUAGGUUCUAUCGACGGAAUUUUAAGAGUAUCAAAAAAGUUAGAUCGAGAAAUAAAAUCUUCAUACUUUCUUGAAGUAGGUGCUAAAGAUCGAGGAGACCCGUUUCUUAGUUCUUUAAUAAAACUAACAGUCAACAUUUUGGAUGAAAAUGAUAAUAGUCCAAUAUUUGAGCCUAGGCAUUAUACGUCCACUGUUCCUGAAAACGUUACAGUAGGAUAUGCUGUAAUGCAAUUAUUUGCUUCUGAUAAUGACAUAGGACCAAACGCCGCAUUAAGAUUUACCAUUACAAGUGGUGACGAAAAUUUAGAUUUUAGUAUUGAAGAUGAUACAGGUAUAAUACGUGUAGCUAAAUAUUUAAAUUAUGAACGAAAAUCUCGUUACGUUUUAAAUAUCAGAGCAGAAGAUAGUCCCAUUGGUUUAGAAAGUCAUGUUAAUUCUGAUGAAAUUGUAGUUACUAUAACUGUUCAGGAUAUAAACGAUAACUAUCCCAUUUUCCCAGAUUCUCCGUAUAUAAUUCACGUUCUUGAAGAACAUGUUAAUGUUAAUCUAAGGAAAUUUCCAUUAGUUGAAGUAAAAGCAACUGAUGCAGAUUCUGGAUAUAAUGGUAAAAUUCGGUACUUUUUAAAAGAUACUGAAUUUUUUUUGAUAGAUAGUACAACUGGAAAAAUACAUUUAACAAGAAGUCUUGAUAGGGAAAUGCAAUCUGAACAUAUGAUUACUAUUGUAGCUAUGGAUUCUGGAAUGCCCCCAUUGAGUGGUACAGGAUUUGUGCGUGUAAUAGUUCAAGAUGUUAAUGACCAUAGUCCAAAAUUUCAACAGCAAAAUUACGCAGCUUAUGUUGAUGAAAAUAGUCCAGUAGGAUAUUUUAUUAUUCAGUUAGUUGCGACAGAUUUAGAUGCUGGAUUAAACGCUAAAAUCAAGUAUACACUUUUGGGAGAUAAAUUUAAUCAGUUUCAAUUGGAUGAAGACACAGGAGUACUUCGAACAUUAGAUAAUAUUGAUAGAGAAGAAAAUGAUAAAAUUCACCUUACAGUUGUAGCUCAAGACUCAAGUAUAACAGAUCCCAAAGCAUCAGCUGUGAAUUUGACUAUUUACGUAAAUGACAUUAAUGAUAACUAUCCUAAAUUUCCAACGUCAAAGAGUACCAUUUAUAUUUCCGAUAAAACACAAGCUGAACAGUUUAUAUAUGGAGUGACUGCUUCAGAUUUAGAUUCAGGAAAUAAUGGAAAAAUCACUUAUUACUUGGCUGGUGAUCAUAAAGAAAUGUUUAAAAUUGACAAAAACACUGGAGUUGUUGAAUCAUUACAAAAGUUGAAUAAACAAAUAGAAUAUAAAAUCAAAAUUAAAGCAAGUGAUAAUGGUCAAGUUUCAAAAACAUCAGAGUUUGAAUUAAAUAUUAUAAACUGGCCAGCUCGUGAUUUUCCAGUAGUUCAUUUAACUGGAACCGAAAAAUUAUCAUUGGUAGAAAAUUCAAGUCCGGGUAGUAGUGUAUCUAGAAUUACAGCUACAUCUCCUAAAACAGGAACUAAAGGGAUUCUCCGUUAUUCUAUAGCUGGUGGAAAUGUUGAUAACACAUUUGAAGUUGAUGUAAUAAGUGGUGAAAUUAUUGUAGGAAAAAAUGGGGUUGAUCACGAAAAGGCUAGUCAAUAUAAACUGUGGUUAGAAGCAUCAGAUUCUGACGAGCCAAGUCUUAGAAGUACAAUUUUAUUAAUCGUUAAUGUAACUGAUGAAAAUGAUAAUCCUCCUGUAUUUGAAUUACCGUUUUAUUCAGUUACAAUUCAAGAAGAAACGUUUCCACCUACACCUGUUAUAACAGUCAAAGCCUUGGAUAAGGAUACAGGAAAAAAUGGUGUAUUAACAUACAAAUUAUUAGAUGAUUUAAAUGGAAUAUUUAACAUUGAUGAUAUAUCUGGAGAAAUAGUUACAAAUAUAAAAUUAGAUAGAGAAACUGACGAUCAGUACACUCUAAUUGUUGAAGCAAUUGAUCAGGGAUAUCCAUCACUUACAGGAUCAACAAUGGUUCAUAUAACUGUAUUAGAUAUUAAUGACAAUCCUCCAAGGUUUACUCGAUUAUUUAGUGUGAAUGUAACAGAAAAUAUGGAGAUUGGUUCUUUUGUUAUAGGAAUCACAAGUUCAGAUUUAGAUAUUGGAGCUAAUGCUAAUGCGACUUAUAGAUUCACAGAAAAUCCAGGUAAUGUGUUCAAAAUUGAUCCAUCUAAUGGAAAUGUGUAUGUACAAUCAGAAUUAGAUAGAGAAAAUCAAGAUGAAUAUUUAUUAAAUGUAAUUGCUGCUGAUGGGUCAUGGCAAGCUGAAACACCAUUAACUAUUACAGUUCAAGAUGUUAAUGAUAAUGCACCAGAAUUCGAAAAUUCAUUUUACAAAUUUAAUUUUCCAGAAUCUCAAAAUACUGGAUUAACCGUUGGUCGUAUAAUUGCAAUGGAUAAAGAUAAAGUUGGUUCAAAUUCUGCCAUAUUUUAUAAUUUCAAACAUCCUUCUGAUUUAUUUGUGAUUGAUCCAAUUUAUGGAGAUAUAUUCACUAAACGUAUUAUAACUUAUAAAAAUUCGUCUAAAGAAAUAUCACCAGAAAAUGAGUUUUCUUUAAUCGUUGUAGCUACAGAUAAUGGAAAACCUCCAAUGUCUUCCGAAUGUUCCGUUACUAUCAAUAUAAUUGAUUCUAACAACCAUGCUCCAGAGUUCAAACAGAAAUCUUACUUUAUUCCUAUCCCAAUAUCUGUAAGGCAAUGGUCUCCAUUGCAUACUAUCAUUGCAACAGACCAAGACUCUGGAGUUAAUUCUGAGAUUGAUUAUUUUAUUUAUGGUGGAAAUGCAACAGAAAUCAUUCAAUUGAAUAAGAAUACUGGUUUAAUAACAUUAAAAAAGAAAUUAAGCAGUGUAGAUUUAGGCAAAACAUUUGAACUAGUUAUUAGAGCAACAGAUCGAGGUAUUCCUCCAAAACAAGCUUUAACUAGUGUGAGUAUUAUUAUAACUGGAGAAAAUAACUAUCUUCCAGAAUUUUCAUCAUUAAGUUAUCAAGUAUUUGUUCCGGAAAAUGAACCUAUUGGGACUACAAUACUAACAGUAAAAGCAACAGAUGGUGAUGAAGGUCCGAAUGGAAUUAUACGAUAUGAAGCUAAAAAUUUAUCUGAUAAAUUUCACUUAAAUCAAGAAACGGGUGCUAUUACUAUUGCAAAAAUCUUAGACUAUGAAUUUUUAAAAGAGUAUAAAUUAAAUAUUACUGCUUCAGAUUUAGGAUUUGAACCAAAACAAUCAAUAGCAACUGUCUCUAUAAUACUGACUGAUAUCAAUGACAACCCACCUGUUUUCAAUAAAACACAAUAUGAUGUUUUUGUCUUGGAGAAUUUGCCUGUUGGUACAUUUGUAUCACAAAUAAUAGCUGUAGAUCUUGAUUCACCAAAAAAUGCAAUUAUUAAUUAUGUUAUCACAGGUGGAUCCGGAGAAAAUUUUUUUUAUUGCAAUAGUACUUCAGGAGUAAUAUAUACUAAAAGUACAUUUGAUUUUGAACAAGAAAAAUUAUUUACUAUUAAUCUUGUGGCUACAAAUCCUGAUUCAUCAUUUUCUGGCUCGACAAAAGUCAUCAUUCAUAUUGAAGGAGUUAAUGAGUAUUACCCUACUUUUAGUCAAUCUGUAUUUUAUUACGAUGUGGCAGAAUCUGCUGAAAUAGGUUCUAUUAUCGGUGCUGUUAAAGCUACUGAUUUAGAUGAUGGAUUUGAUGGAGAAGUAUUUUAUUUAUUAGUUGGCUCAAGUAAUAAUAAAGGAUUUACUAUUGGUCGAAACAAUGGAUUGUUAAGAGUAUCUAAGCAACUUGAUAGAGAAACUCAAAAUCGUAUAAUUCUAACAGUUUUGGCCAAAAAUGAUGGGAGUAUUAAAGGAAAUGACACUAAUGAAGCUCAAGUAAUUAUAUCAGUUCAAGAUGGAAAUGACCCUCCAGAAUUUAGUCAAGAAUAUUAUGAAUGUUUUGUUUCUGAAGGGACAAGACCAGGAGCAAAAAUUUUAACUGUUCAUGCUUUUGACAACGAUGCGUGGCCUCAAAAUAAUCAAUUUACUUACUCAAUUUUAAAUAAUAUGACAAAAUUAUUCAGAAUUAAUGCUCAAAAUGGGUCUGUUGAAACUGUUGGUGAUUUUGAUAGAGAAACAGUAAAUUAUUAUGAAAUAUUAGUUGGAGCUGUAGAUACGGGUUUGCCACCUCAAACCGGGAAAGCCAUUGUAAAAGUUAUAAUAACUGAUGUAAAUGAUAAUGGUCCUGUGUUAUCACCAGAAAAUCGGGUUGGAUAUGUUUCUGAGAACGAACCCAUCAAUACGAAUAUUAUGGUUCUAACAGCAACUGAUGCAGAUCAAUCUCCAAAUGGGGCUCCAUUUACAUACAAAAUUGUUGGUGGCCCUCAUAGAGAUUUUGUAUCAUUAGAUGAAUCAACUGGACUUCUAAGAACUGCUAGACAUAUUGAUCGUGAACAAACACCAAACCUUAAUAUAGUGAUAUCAAUAACUGAUAAUGGUUCUCCUCAAAUAACAACAGAAAACUUACUUAAUAUAGUCAUUUUAGAUCAAAAUGAUAGUCCAUCAAGUGCUCGUACAAUUUCAAUAUUUUUAUAUUCCUUGAUAAAUGAGUUAUCUGUGGGUAAAAUAGCAGAUGUUAAACCAAUUGAUUCUGAUUUGACUGGUGACUACAAAUGUUUUUUUGAAGUACCCACUGAUGAAUUUUCAAUCCCUGAAUCGUGUGAUUUAUAUAUUAACAAAAAAAUACAGCCUUUGACAGUUUUAAAAAUAUUAGGCAAUGAUGGAAAACAUAAUUCUGUUACCAAUACAGUUACAAUAAAUUAUCAAACAAUUGAUAAAAAUAUUAUAGAAAAUACAAUUUUUGCAAGAAUAAAUAAUAUUACAGCAUCUGAUUUUAUUUUAAAUCAUUAUACAAAAUUUAUCAGUACAUUAAAUUCAACAUUUGAAGAAAAUAGUUCUAUAUUAUAUAAUAUAAAUGAAAUAGAUUAUGGUAUUGUACUAGCGAUUGCUGUAAGAGAUAUUGAUAAAGAACAUGCUAGUCAUAUUUUAAGAAAACGAUCAAGUUAUUUUACACAAACAAUGAAAUCAGACAUUGACAUUGAUUAUAAUCCAUGUCAAAUAAAUACUUGUGAAAAUAAUGGUAGCUGUAAGAGUUCAUUAAUUAUAUCGAAAGAAUUUCGUAUUAUAAGUACUCAAGGAUAUAUUUUUACUUCACCUGCGAUUUUACAAGAAUUUACAUGUACUUGUUUAGAUGGUUAUGCCGGUAGUAGAUGUGAAAAACACCAAGAUCCGUGUGCUUCAAGUCCUUGUCAAUAUGGUGGUACUUGUAGGCGUCAAGGUACAAGUUUUCAAUGUUUAUGUCUAUCAAAUCGUGAAGGUUUUGAAUGUGAAAAAGAACGUUAUGAUAAAUGUGAUACAAACCCUUGUUUAAACGGAGGCAGCUGUAAGCAAACACAAGAUAAUGUUGGAUAUUUCUGUCUAUGUAGACCGGGAUAUCGAGGAAAUACAUGUGAAUUAACUGCUGAUUCAUGUCGACCAAAUCCUUGUCUGAAUGGUGGUUCAUGCGUUUCUUUAAAACCAGGUUAUAAAUGUAAUUGCCCAAAUGGUUUACACGGAAGGCAUUGCGAAAAGACAUCAUAUGGUUUUAAUGAUUAUUCUUAUAUGACAUUUCCACCUUUAGAUAGUACAAUUAAUGAUAUAACUAUUGUAUUUUCAACAAUCAAAUCUGAUUCUUUAUUACUCUAUAAUUAUGGAACUCAAGUUGGUGGACGAUCAGAUUUUAUAACGAUUGAGCUGAUUGAAGGAAGAUGUGUAUUUUCAUAUGGUGGUUCUAGAAGCUCAAUAACAUCAAUAAGUGUUGGCAAAAGUGAUGGUUCAUCAUUGGCAGAUGGUUUUUGGCAAAAAAUAACCGCAGUUAGAAAUGGUAAAGUACUUUCUUUGAGUGUUGCAUCAUGUACUGAUAAUGGGGAUAAUUGUGAAGAAUGUAAGCCGUCAAACAAAACUUGCUAUAGUGAUAGCACUGGAACUGUUGGGACAUUAAAUUUUAAUGGUAAUAAUUUACUUAUUGGUGGAGUGAUGUCUGCUGACCCUAUUUUAGAAAGACCUGGCCAAGUGCAUUCAGAUGAUUUCGUAGGAUGUUUACAUAGUGUUACUGUUAAUGGUUAUAGUUUAAAUUUAAGCAAUCCAAUUUCAUCAAAAUUAGUUGAUCCAUUUUGUAACCGUCAAGUGCAAUGUUCUUCUCAGUCACCGAUAUUAUGUGGUGAAGGAUCCAUGUGUUUAGAAAAAUGGACUGGAAUUAUGUGCCAAUGCCUAGAAAAUGAUAUAUUGUCACCAAAUUGCUAUCAAGCUUUUCAACCAGUAUCUUUAAAUAAUGGUGCAUUUUUAGAAUAUAAAAUUUCAGAAAAACACAGACGACUACAUUUAUUGGAGAAUAUAUAUUAUGGAACAACAAUUUGGAAGCAACAAAAAAAAAACAAUAAAAAUGUUUAUUUAAUACCACCAAUUAAAGAACUCAGUCUAAUGUUUAGAACUAUGCAAUCAAAUUCAACCAUACUUUUAGCAGCAUCUAACACAGAUUUUACAUUAAUUAAGCUUAAUCAAGGCAGGCUACUUUAUACUUCAUACUUAAGUACAUCUACAUCAUCAGUAAAUAUGACUAUGGGAAACAAUUUAGAUGAUGGAAAUUGGCAUAACCUAAGAAUGGUUAUAGGUGCUAAGAGUUUAAAAAUCUUUUUAAAUGAUAAUAAAGUUGGCGAAGAACUGGAUUCAGCCAGUGUGCAUGAUUUUAUGGAUCCUUACUUAACUAAAUUAUAUUUAGGAGGCAUGGAUUUAGAAUAUCUUCCUGGAAAAAUUUCCACUGACAGUUUUACAGGAUGUUUUGCCAAUUUUACAAUUAAUAAAGAACUUCAACCAUUUAAUGGAACUGGUAGCAUAUUCUCAGAAGUUUAUCAUGUUGGUCGAACGUCAUUUGAUUGUGACUUAGUUGGAUUAGCAGCAUCCGGAGUUACUGUGACGGAUCCAUUAAGUCUUGGAAUUACUCUAGUCAUUAUCUUUUUUGUUAUUCUUAUUAUGGCCAUUACAGUUAGUUUUGUAGUAUUUAAAAUCAGAAAACAAAUUAAAGACGAUAAGGAUUCGGACAAUAACAAGUUUCAAAGAAGUUUAAAUAAUGAAUCUUCUGCUUUAAAUUCAAUCCCAGUAUCUUCUUUCAUAUCUGAAUCAGGAGAUGUUAUAAGACACCAUAUGAUACCACCAGAAAUACUUUCUAAGCGUUACAAAGAUCAAGAUCUGGGAAUGAAUGAUACACGUAGAUCUCAUAGACCCGAUAUAAUUGAAAGAGAAGUAAUCGGUAAAUCACCACCUCCUCAGAGAGAUGAACUCAAUCAACAUAUUAUGAAAAAUAUACAUCAGCAUGAUAGCACAACUGAUCACGACAUGCCUGAACAUUAUGAUUUAGAAAAUGCUAGUUCUAUCGCACCAUCUGAUAUUGAUAUAAUUUAUCACUAUAAAAGUUACCGAGAUGGAAACAAUCUACGAAGAAUGAAAACCCAUUUAAGUCCCGGAUUACCGACAAAUAUGUUUCAUAAGCAAAUGAGACAUUCGAAUGGGUUCCAAUCACCGCAUUCUAGGGAUAGUCGAUCAUCUAUUCCACCUCCUCCUCCACCAUUGGAUUCUUCUAAUCACAUACAACAUCAAAGCACGCCAUUGGCUAGAUUAAGUCCCAGUAGUGAAUUAAGUCAACAAUUGCCUAGAAUUCUAACGUUAAGGGAUAUAAGCGGCAAACCUCUACAAACAGCUUUGCUAGCAACUUCGUCAUCUGGCGUAGUGAGCAAAGACUGUCCAAUGCAUAGUAACAGUGAACGAAGUCUUAAUAGUCCUGUAAUGAGUGGCCAUAGUUUGAGCGGUAGUGGCAUUUCCGGUAGUGGAGCCCCUAGCCGUUCACAAGUAUUAUCUUCACACGGCGAUCGUCGUCCGUCUAGUCUAGUGAGCACUGUUGAUGCGGUAUCUAAUUCUAGUGGUAGACCGCCAAAUAUGGUGGUAACACAAAAUGAACAAGAUGACGAUGAUACGAGUAAUACAUCAUCGGACGAAAGUGGAAACGACUCUUUUACUUGCUCAGAAAUCGAGUACGACAACAAUAGCGUGUCUGGCGAGAAGCUUAGUGAUGUAAUUUUUAACAAUAUUAAGAAUCCUAACUUAGACAAAGAUACUUGCACUCGACAAGGUUCAGUUUUAAGUCAAAAAAAUCAUCAACCAAAACAACAACAGCAAACGGUCGUUGGAUACGAUACGUUUGAUUCGUCGUUUCGAGGCUCUUUAAGUACUUUGGUUGCAUCUGAUGAUGAUGGGCCUAUGUAUAGAAAUCAAAACAAUGCAUCUGAAUCGUCAAGCAUACCAGUAGGUCUUGGCUGGGACUAUUUGCUCAACUGGUCACCGAAUAUGAGGCCACCAUACAACGACAAUGACCAUUCAGAUAUUGAAAGUCGGCAGAUGAGAGGAACAAACGGUUCGCGGUCAUCGCGAAAAUCACCCGAAGAAUACGUUUGAUACAGUUUAUCGAAAUUUAAACUAUUUGAUAAAUAUUUAUUUUUAACAUUGGUGCUAGUCAUUUACCGAAACUUUUAAAGAUUAACAAAUUGUAUUUGUAUAUAAUAAUUAUUAGUUAAAAAAUUUUAAUUCAAUUUUAGUAUAUUUAAUUUAACUUAUAGCGUUACCUAAUAAUUGACAAUAACGUUGGGUUGACGCUAUUCAAAUGUACAACAUUAACAUUGUAUGAACUUUUAAUACGUACUGAUUAACUGAUUAAUUUUUAAACUUAAUAUAUGCGUGAUCAUCAAAUAAAUAUAUAUUGUUAACUUAUAUCAAAGAUAUAUACCAAAACUGGAUAAUCGUCUUACAGUAAUGAAUGAAACAUAUCGUCAGAAUUACACAUUUCAUUUAUUUUACAUUUCGUAAGUAAUUUUAUUAUAAAAAAAUGAACAUUUUUCUUUGACAAUUAUAAAUAAAUCAUUACUAUCUUAUCUAUUGUAUUUUGUGAAUAGAAUUUUUUUUUAUACAAGCCGAAAUGUUUCAUUUACCUUACGUUAAAACGAAAACUAGAUUUUAAUGGUAUAAAUUAAUAAUUAAAUGCAAAAUCAAAAAAAUAUAUUUAUGUGUAUAUAUAUAUUGUAAAAAUUAAUGUAAUUAUGUAAAAUUUGUAUUAUAUUUGUGCCAUAUAGAUGUAAGU